AUGACCAGUGUUUCAUUUAAUUCCCUCAUUGAUCAGCUCAACUCUGCCGAAGAGGUAGUUUCAUAUAAGGAAAUUCUCCUUCGGUGUCCUUUUUCCCGGUGUAAUUGUCGGAUCAUCCCGUUCAAGUAUCACUUAUCAUCUUUCGAUGAUAAGAACACUGUGCAGAUCAGCGAAACCCCAGAAUGUGCGGUUGUUGACAAUGCCACUUUGGAAGUGAUCAACCCACAAACUUCGAAAGAUGAAGAAUCUACAAAGAACAAGAACAAGAAGAAGAAGUUCUUCAAGAUUGGUGACGCGUGGGAUUUCGAUAACAUUGGGGUAUCGCGGCCCUCAGACAUUGCUCAACCAAUCAUCCACGGUGCUGAAGGUAGCCUGGGACCAGUAGAAGAUCAAGGAAAAAUCAAUAUCCAGCGAUACUUGGUAUGUGCUGAUUGUGAUCGUGGACCUCUUGGAUUUGCGGGGUUUGUAGUUGAUGAAGAUGAGAAAAAAUAUGGGGAAGAAGAAGAGGAGGACGGAGAUGCAAGAAUUAAAAAUGCUAAUAAGUUGGUGUAUUUCCUUAGUUGUGAUAGUGUGAAGUAUGAAUUACGAUAA